CGCGAAACACACUAAUAACCUUAUUCCACAAUUUCCACAUCAAAACAAACAUCCAGAGCACCAAAUAUAACGUACAGGAACUCGUAUUCAAGAAAUUAAAAUUGACAGCAACAGGACCAGGUUUACUACUUUGUGUUUUGCACUUGUCAAACAUAUACAAUUGGUGUAUUUUUCAAGGAACAGUAUAGCAAAUCUUUCCACUCUUCCUUCACUCACCUUGACCAAGUGUGCAGUUUGUCUGAGAUGAUUCCAAACUUAAAUUAAACGAGCGACUGUGACUUUAUCAAAAGGAUCAAUAUUAGUGAUCUCCGUACGUGUUGAUAACCUUGGCGUAAAAGUAUAUGGUGCUUAUCACCGUCAGCUGUUGUUAAGAAGGAGGACGAGACUGCAAGAUGUUCUUCUCCACCUGUUCCUCUAUGAUGACCGUGUAUCCGAAUGAGGGCACCGUCCCUGCUGGAGGUUUGUCAUCCUCCAAUAAAUUUGAGGGUCAUCACCACAGCAUCGGAGAGCUCAAGUACAACAAACAUCACGCCGCUCUGUGUUGCGAGAUGUCCACCGCUCACUCGGCUCAUAACUUGUCCCACAAUAACCACACCCACGGCGGCGUGGUGAACCCGAAGGAAUCUCAUCUCCAUCAUCUGCCCUGCUGCCAAGUCCCGAACCAGUGUCUCUGCUGCAACUGCCACCCACCGCCGCCCCCACUCCCGUUCCACCUCAUCCACCCACCACCGCACAAGAACAAUGGAGUGUCGGUGACCAUGAGGGAGACGAAGAAAGGUUUAUCUCGUGUACAAAAGUUGAAGAAGCGCCUCUCUCGAAGCUUUGGACGUCUUGCAAUAUCUUCCAAGGAAGAGGACGAUGUGGGGAACAAGUUCAGGUGCAACGGCUACUCGGACGAGUUUCUGGACAGGAUAGAACCUAAUGGCAACAUUUUGCGAGCGAAGCAGCAUUCCAGCACCUCGGAUGCCAGAAUUGAUUGGCAUCAAACAAAUGGCUGCAGCCAAGAACCUCUUCCCCCCGUCUCCCGACAACUCUCCGUCUCCAGUGACUCCAAGCUACUGGACGAUGAUAGCAGUCCCGUUGAUGAGAAGGAGGAGCCACAGGUGAUUCUACGCCAGGGCCGACGACCUCCAAGACCCAAGUCCGAAGUCUUCCUUUCCAAGGACAAUCGCAAGUCCAAACGCUAUUCUGCCUUCGGGGGGGACUCGCCAUUCGGGAAAUCUGAAGCGUAUAUCAAGUUGGAGCAAUUAGGAGAAGGCUCGUAUGCAACCGUUUUCAAAGGAUACAGCAAUUUGACGAACCAAGUGGUAGCUCUGAAGGUUAUAAGACUCCAAGAAGAGGAAGGAACUCCCUUCACCGCUAUACGCGAGGCUUCCCUCCUGAAGGACCUGAAACAUGCAAAUAUCGUGAUACUCCACGACAUCGUACACACUAAAUCUACCCUCACCUUCGUCUUUGAAUACCUCCACACGGACUUAUCUCAAUACCUGGAGAGGCAUCCUGGCGGUUUAAAUCCGCGCAACGUGAAAUUAUUCCUCUUCCAAUUACUCCGUGGGCUGGCAUACUGCCACCGUAGGAGAAUUCUACACCGGGAUGUCAAACCUCAAAACCUUCUUCUCAGCCAAGGUGGAGAACUCAAGUUGGCUGAUUUUGGACUUGCCAGAGCGAAGUCGGUGCCAAGUCAUACAUACUCACACGAGGUGGUAACGCUUUGGUAUAGACCGCCGGAUGUAUUGCUAGGUUCAACAGACUACUCUACAAGUCUCGAUACGUGGGGAGUUGGCUGUAUCUUUGUGGAGAUGCUAACUGGCGGACCCGUCUUUCCAGGGGUGCGUGAUGUUUCUGACCAGUUGGACAAAAUUUUCAGGGUGCUGGGCACACCCACGGAGAAAAGCUGGGAAGGUGUGACGCAACUAGCGAAUUACCACAGAGAAGUGAAGAGGCUGUAUAAGCCUCAAAAGUUGGGACUCGCAUUUCCUCGACUUUACGAUGUCUCUUCUGCUGAGAACCUUGCCGCUGCCUUCCUUCAGUUGGAUCCGACUACAAGACUGGAAGCUGAUGAAGCACUGAGACACACUUAUUUUUCUGAUCUCCCUCCAAAAGUCCUAGAAUUGCCUCACGAAAUCAGUAUAUUUACUGUGGAAGGGAUAAAAUUUUAUCCCGAAGAAACGCGAAGGGGUCUUCCGAAAACUGGGAGUUUCGAUUUUCGUCGUAAACUUUGAUCCUCGUGACUUACGUAAUGAUAUUUACCUAUGAGUAGAGAUAAUGAGAAAUUAGUUUCGAGAUGUUAUACCUAACUCAUUUGUCGAAUGAUUUGUCGUACCCGCACUGGUGUUUUUAUAAAAUAUACCCAUAUAUAGAUAUAUACUCGCCGUACGUAUAAUUGAGAGACUUAGUGUAGAGACUACAUGUAUGAGCUAAAAAAUAUUACCAUUAUUAUUAUUAUUAUUACUUACAUAGAAAUUGCCAUAUGUAUGUAACAACAUUGUGCAACAAUUUCAAGAUCUCUCUUCAUCAUCUCCCCUACCUUCGAUUUUUAUGUAGUAGUGCCAAAAUAUUGGUUAACGUUGUGAUCACUUCUUGUUAAGUAUGUGAUUAACACCCUUUAACAUAUUUAACCCAACCCAAUACACUUCUCUCGAGUCAAAGUGAAUUAUUAUUGCUGAAAACACGACGAGCUUGUCAUCCAAUAUUAUUAUUAUUAACGCUGUACAUUUUCAAUCCCCGUUCUGCAUUUUUGUUUAAAUUAAUUUUCUCAUGAAUUUUGUCACCCAAAAUUUUAUAUAUGAAUAUGCGAAACGUCACAGACACAAAGGGCUUUCAGAGAAAAAGUGUUUUACUGCGUAAAAGUAUAACAGUACUGCAAAUGUGAGGAAUUGAAACACAUUAUGCACACACACACCAGAGAAAAUGCUGCCAAAUUAGCGUAAUAUAGCAAUGAAACCAUUGAUACAAGUCAACUUUACCAUUUUAUUAUGUUCCUUAUUAGCUUUUUACUUUGCCAAAGUAUUUAUGAGUGCAAUAUAUAUUGAAUGAAAAAAAUCAAUCAAUCUCUAACCAAUAUCAAUCAACGUAUAAUCGCAAAAAAAAUCUUAAUGGCAAAAUUUGUCCAUAUCGAAAUUUAUUGACAAAAUAUCAUGUCAUUCACGUUCACUGAUAUAAUUUUGAAAUAAACGAAAAUAUUCGUUCGUUACUCUUCUAAUUAAGUAAUAUAAAAACAGUCGUAAGCAAUUAUUAAUUACGUUAAUGUUUUAGAAAAUACUAAACGUUGAUUGACAAUGUGGUAUUAUACAAAAUAUUCAUAAUGUAAUGUUAUAUACAGACAUAUAUAUGUAAUAUAUGCUCCAUAACGUAAUACUAAUAUAGAAAUAUCAUCCUUGGCUCACUCAACAAGCGUUGUUGUAAACUUGUACAUACAUACAUAAUUUGAUACGUAUAUGAUUGGAUACAUGGAUAACUUUUAAGCUUUCAAUUGAACUGUACACCCGAGUACGGAGCGUUGUUGUAUGCACGAGGUUAAAAACUGAAUUUUUGAGACGACAUGAAUAGUUAAUUUUAGUGAUUAUAAUCGGUGUCCUUAUUAUAUAACCAGAAUUCAAUUUUGAACUUGUAUCGUGUCACCUUUAUUUUUAUUUUUAUUAUUUCGCAAUCAAAUGUUUCAUAUGUAUAAUUUGAUUAUUUGGGCUUGUUCUACUUUAACGAGUUUAUAUUUUGUGAUUUUGCCAGAAAGAAGACUUUAUCAUUAUUGUAGCUGAUACAACUUGCUUCAUUGCCAAAACUGUUUAAUUAUUUGAUGAUCAAUAAUGUGUUCUCGUUUUUAAACGCUUAUUUCUCCAGGACUUAUUAUAAUAAUUUGUUAUAAUUACCAGUAAAUCCAAAUUCAUUUUUUGUGUAAAAUUAAAUUUUUGUCUACAUAAUCCUAAGUUCAAAGAUAAUAAAAAUAUUGACAUUGAUUGAUUGACUAGA